AUGAAAGGGUCAGAAAUUGCUGAGCCUGCCCAGAGUGGCUUCGCUCCAGCUGCUGCCUAUGAUGCUCAUCGACCAUCCUAUCCCGAAGAUGCAGUCCAACGCCUCCUCGAAGCCUGUGAAGUUGCGGGUGUCAAAGGUGCAAAGAUUGCAGAUCUCGCAGCCGGCACGGGGAAAUUCACAGAGAUUCUGGCAAGAAGACCAGAAGAGUAUGAUAUCGUUGCCGUAGAGCCGCACGACGGCAUGCGGGCGCAACUGGAGCACAAAGCUCUUCCCCAUGUGCGGGUUUUGAAAGGCACGGCCGAGAACAUGCCGGGCAUUGCUGAUGAAUCUCUUGCAUGUCUCAUAGCAUCACAGUCGUUCCAUUGGUUUGCCAACAUGGACGCGUUGAAAGAGAUUGCUCGGACCCUGCGGCCAGCAGGUGUAUUUGGAAUGAUUUGGAACAUUGAUGACUAUAAUUCGCCAAAAUCCUGGACAAUCCAUCGUGGCUGGGAGCAAGCGAUGCGCGACGUGAUUUGGACGUUCGAGGACGGGUCGCCACGCUUUCGACACGAGAAGUGGCGACAAGUGUUCGAGGACCAGACCGCGAGUAACCCAUUGAGCCUGAGUUUCGCCAACCCACUGUUUGGGUUGCCCUUGGGUGAAGGGAGCGUCGAGUUCACGUCGUGGCUGCCGAAGGAAGAUAUUUGGGGUAGGCUGAGGACGUUGAGUCAGCUUGCGAUAUUGGAGGGUGAAGAACUGGACAAGGUGAGAAAAACAUUCGACGACAGUCUGAGGUCGGAGGGGACCGAAAUCAAUCAAGACGGCUUGGUGGCCGUCCAUGGCCGAACUGUAUUCUUCUGGACGAGUAAAAUCCCUGCUGAGCCGCUUAAGAGCAGUGGCUAG